UACGUCAUUGAGCCGAGCUGAGGGCGCAUGCGCGGUUAAGUUGCGGCCUAUCCUGCGGUAUUGCAAGCCUCUUCACGGCCUGUGAGGGAGAAACGCGUGCAGGGAAGCGGCGGGAGGCACGACUUGGCCGGGAAGCAUGUCGGGGACGACGGGCGGCACGACGGGGUCGGCGCGGAAGCGGCUGUUGAAGGAGGAAGACAUGACAAAGGUGGAGUUCGAGACCAGCGAAGAGGUGGACGUCACCCCCACCUUCGACACCAUGGGCCUACGCGAGGAUCUCCUCCGCGGCAUAUACGCCUACGGCUUUGAGAAACCUUCAGCUAUCCAGCAGAGAGCAAUCAAACAGAUCAUUAAAGGAAGAGAUGUAAUUGCACAAUCACAGUCAGGAACAGGCAAAACUGCUACAUUUUCUAUCUCUGUCCUACAAUGUCUGGACAUCCAGGUUCGUGAAACCCAGGCAUUGAUUCUGGCACCUACUAGGGAAUUGGCAGUGCAGAUUCAGAAGGGGCUUCUUGCUCUUGGUGAUUACAUGAAUGUCCAGUGCCAUGCCUGUAUCGGUGGGACCAAUGUGGGCGAAGAUAUCAGGAAGCUGGAUUAUGGGCAGCAUGUUGUUGCUGGCACACCAGGGCGCGUAUUUGAUAUGAUUCGCCGCAGAAGUCUGAGGACGCGUGCUAUUAAAAUGUUGGUUUUGGAUGAAGCUGACGAGAUGCUCAAUAAAGGUUUCAAGGAACAGAUUUAUGAUGUGUAUAGAUACCUUCCGCCAGCAACACAAGUAGUUUUGAUUAGUGCUACUUUGCCACAUGAGAUCUUGGAGAUGACCAACAAAUUCAUGACCGACCCUAUCCGCAUCCUGGUGAAACGUGAUGAAUUGACUCUGGAAGGGAUCAAACAGUUCUUUGUGGCUGUAGAGAGAGAAGAAUGGAAGUUUGAUACCUUGUGUGACCUGUACGACACCCUCACUAUCACACAGGCAGUCAUCUUCUGCAACACGAAGAGGAAGGUUGACUGGCUGACAGAGAAGAUGAGAGAAGCCAACUUUACUGUUUCAUCCAUGCAUGGAGACAUGCCUCAGAAGGAAAGGGAGUCCAUCAUGAAAGAGUUCAGAUCUGGGGCAAGUCGUGUCCUUAUUUCUACAGAUGUUUGGGCCAGAGGCUUGGAUGUACCUCAGGUUUCCCUAAUCAUUAACUAUGACUUACCUAACAACAGAGAAUUGUAUAUACACAGGAUUGGUAGAUCCGGCCGUUAUGGCCGAAAAGGUGUGGCCAUCAACUUUGUGAAAAACGACGACAUUCGUAUUUUGCGAGACAUUGAACAGUACUAUUCCACCCAAAUUGAUGAAAUGCCCAUGAAUGUCGCUGAUCUUAUUUGAAGAAACAAGAUGGACUGAAGAGAAAGUGGACCCUGCUACCCAUGAUUUAUUACACAGCAGCAACCAGUUUUAUUUUAAUUCUGCUGUUUACUGAUACUUGUCUUUUAAGCCCCACGUGUAUAAAAUGUACAUCUGCUUCAGUGUCAGUUCCUACUUUUGAACAAAAUAUUCACUGAAAGAUUUGUUCAUGAAAACUAAUUAUGGAAGCAGCUAAAAGUAUUUGGCGGGGAGGGGUGUGUGAUAAAAAGAACAAUCUCAUUGUAGAAUUAUCUCAACAUAGAGAAUUGUGUUUAUUUUUUUUAUUUUGUGUGACAAAAGCUGUAAAGUAGCAUCUCUGUAAAUAAGGUGUUGUCAAUCCAACUUGCCACUCUUUCUUCCCGAUUUAAAUAAAAUUUUCAUAUAAACUUUG